UUCCUUGGGUCAGUGUUUACGUUCUCAAGGUGGCGAGAGGGAGAGUCACAUCUUCUGUAAUGACUCACGUGACGCAGGAUGAGUCACUGGCGACUCUACACACUCAGACUACUAGCAGCCGUGUUCCUGGUGCUAUUUAUCCUGCUAUUGACACACGUGGAGGCCCAGGGGGAGGAGGACUUUGAGGAAUGGGUGCCCUGUGAGGAUUCCCCGAACUCGCCAACGUUCUGCAGCCAGCUUGGAAACGUUCAUGAUCCUUCCAGAAACUUUCAUUAUCACCCUAUAAACGUUCACGGUGACCCCAGAAACGUUCAUGAUCCUUAUAUAAACGUUCACGGUGUCCCCAGAAACGUUCAUGACGCCCCCAGAAACAUUCACGGUGCCCCCAGAAACGUUCGUGAUGUCCCCAGAAACGUUCACGAUGCCCCCAGAAACGUUUAUACUGGUCGUGUGCUGACGGGCCUGCCUGAGUACGUGGAGGAUGAGGGACUGGCAGUGGAUGUGGACGUGGAGGAGGAGCAUGAGGAGGAGGGGCAUGAGGAGUAUUAUUACGGGGGAGGGUAUUCUCUCCCUCACUGCCCCCAGCAACCCGACGAGGACGAGGAGAGGCCGUCGGUGGUGGUGAGCACGCUGGACGGACGCAUCACGGCCCUGGACAUGGUGAGCGGUCGGGUGCUGUGGUCACACCAGACUGGGGACGGCAGCAUCAGUAGCCCGCUGCUCUCCUCCUCCAUGUCCAAGCUGGAGGUCACAUCGAGGGGGGAGUGGGUCCGCCUCAUCCCCUCGCUGGACGGAGGAAUCUUCAGGUUCGACGGCGAGGGUGUUGAGCCGCUGCCCGUCACUGCCGACACGCUCCUGCACUCAUCAUUCAAGUUCAACCCCGAGACGAUCUUUACAGGGGCCAAGGUAACAGAGGUAUGGGGUCUGGCGCUGGGCUCGGGUCGCGUCACCUACGUCUGUCUGGCCUCGGGGUGCAAACGUCAACGCACAGCCGCCCCCGCCCCUCCCAGGCUGUUGGUGGUGCGGCGUGUGACCCAGACGGUGCGUGCGGUGGACCCCAGGACAGGCGACGAGAGGUGGAAUUUCAGCGUCGGGCAACAUGAGGUCAACUUAGGGGGUAGCGGAGGGUGCGUCGGGGGGUCAAAGGGGGGCGGGGGUGAGGGCACAGUACCCCCCCUCCCCUCCCUUCACUUCGUCGUCCCAGAUGGCGUGAUUAUGGGCAUGGACAAGGACAAGACCCUCAUAUGGCAACAGAAGCUCACCUCCCCCGUCGUGAGUGCCUGGCGGGUGCUUGAGGGCGAGCUGGAGGAAGUGGACCUGUUCAGCACCUCCUCCAUCCCUGCCCUCAACCCUGACCAAGGCAUUCGAGAGCCAGGACCCAAGGAAACGGGAGGAAGCGAGAAGCAGCCGGCUCUAUAUGUGGGUGUACACCGCAAGCAGUUAUACAUCCAGCAGAGCAGCGGCAUGCACACCCACCACACGGCUGCCACACGGAUCUUCACGGCGGAGAUGGAUGACUCACCCUUCGCCAAGUACCCCAGAGUCCAGUGGCGGCCGUACCUCGCCUCCGCACCCUCGCGCACCCCCAUAGUCAACUACAACAGCCGCCAGCACCCCUUACUGUUGAGUUUCGAGCCGCAGGAGGAGCCGUCAACUGCUGUCGCCCUUACGCAUCACAUCGACUACCCGUUCGACAACGGGUAUUACCUCUACGCGGAUGACACCGUCGGACAACUCAACCUCAGCCGCCCCAUGAACCGCCCCGACCCGGAUGACGAGGAUGACGAGACGCUGAUGGAUGAGGUCACGUCACAGAUCAUGCACAUUUGCUUCCACAUCGGGCCAGACACGUGGGUCAAGCUUGGCGUUGCGCUGGGCUGCUACGCUCUCCUUCACUACCUGGUGCUUCGGUACAUGGUAUCGUACAUGCGGCGCAGGCUGACUCAACAAGCGCUGGUUCUUGUCACGCAGAUGUUCAAUAUGACCCUGCAGAACAACCCACAGAUUCUGGCAAUAAUGGAGAGAAUGGGUAUGCAGUUCCAAGCCCUCCCUGCCCCUCCACCACCACCACCACCCGCUGAAGGGAAGGGGGGGGAGGGGGGGAAGGCCCUGCCAGCCCCCUCACACCUGUCACAUGAACACCUGCCCCCACCACCUGUAGAAAGGGAAUCGUCAACUGAAUAUUCAUCCAGGUACCUGACGGACUUUGAGGUGGUGCAGCGGCUGGGGCGGGGAGGGUUCGGAGUGGUGUGUCAGGUGCGGAACAAACUGGACGAGAAUGAGUACGCCGUCAAGAGGAUCAUUCUGCCGACUAAGAAAGCAUCAGCCGAGCGUGUCAAGCGUGAGGUCCGAGCGCUCGCCAAGCUGAACCACACCAACAUCGUCCGAUACUACAACAGCUGGCUGGAGACUCCCCCCCCAGGCUGGCAGGACCCCCAGGACACCCUUCUUCAGAGCGGAGAUGUGCUGUCCAUGUCCUCGCUGCUCUCCCCCGGCACCGAGGAGUCACACAACGAGGGGGAGGGCAUCGGAGCAGCGGAACCGAGGCCAGUCGAAGCGAGUGAGAGUCUUUAUGGAGUUGUGGAAAGACUCGGAGGGGUCGGAAACGGAACGGAGAUUUCUGCCUCAUGGGGGAACGGCCUGACAAGUGGGUACGAGGAGGACAAUGAGGAGGAAGAGGAGGAGGAGGAGGAGAGUCAGUCAGUGAGAGGAGGAGGAGGAGGAGUGCGAAGGAGGAAUUUGACGGUAACGAAAGAUGACAGUUCGUUCGAUAUCCUGUUCGAGGACUCGCAGAACAACGCCGCGAGUCAACCGAAUGUCGAGUGGAGUGUCGGUGGAAUAGGUGAGGAGAGUGAGGAGUGCAGUGGAGUCAGCGAGUCCCACGAGUCACCCCACGUCAACGACUCACUCGGAAAAUGCGCCGAAUCAAGCGUGAGUCACUCCAUCGUAUUCCAAGACAACACAAACGACAGCAGAAACAGAGACAUCAACAGCAACACAAACAAGACAGAGGACUCGGAAACGGAGGAAGACGAUGAGGAGGAGGAGGAAGCGCAACCCACCGACCCCAAACAAAGAAAACGGAGAAGAAGACGAGUGAAAAGUCAACCAAAUGAGGGUAACCGCGCGAACGGCAACCGACCUCGUACAUUAAGCCUCGGGUCAACCACAGCGGAUAGGUUGAACGGGGCGCCGCAUGAGAGAGCACCCGCCAAGCAUCCGCCUCUGUCAUCCGUCCCACGCACAUUCCUAUACAUCCAAAUGGAGCUAUGUCAGAAGGAGAGCUUGCGGGAUUGGCUAGUACAGAACCUUGAGCGGAAGAGGAGCGUCGUUCUGGAUAUGUUCAACGAUAUCAUAUGUGCCGUUGAGUAUGUCCAUGAUAAUCACCUUAUGCACCGUGACCUCAAGCCGUCGAACAUCUUCUUCUCGCUGGAGGGGAAGGUCAAGGUGGGUGACUUCGGCCUCGUGACAACCAUCGCAGAGGAGGAGGAGCAACAGGAGGCGUACACACCCGCCUUCUCACCCACCACCAACCCGCACACCUUCUCAGCCGACCGCAUCCACACCCAUCGUGUCGGCACCCGUCUUUAUAUGAGUCCAGAACAGCUGAGUGGCCAGGUGUAUGACUAUAAAGUGGAUAUCUACUCGCUGGGUCUGAUCUUCUUUGAGAUGUUGGUGGCCUUUGGGACGGGCAUGGAGCGCCUGGAGGUCAUGACGAGACUGAGGGAGAAGACGCAGUUUCCCGCCAAGUUCGAGGAGGACUUUCCCGAUGAGAGCUCGCUGCUGAAGUUGAUGCUGUCCCGCGACCCCGCCCAGCGCCCCACCACGCGAGGCAUCAGGGUCCGGAAGCCGCUGCGCUCGCUCCAGACUCGCAGCGUUGAUGACAUCUUGCCCGAGGACCACUUCAGGCUGUCUCGGCAACGCUCGCACGUCACCGCAACCUCCUCGUCGUCUGCGGCUUCGUUGUCGUCAUUCUCGGCCUCGUCCACUUAGUUUGUGUUUCUGUUUUUCCGCGUUGAACAAGAACAAGGCAUGACUCUCCUUACUGUCACCCACACACACGCUCAUGUCUCAUUCAUCUCAUCUCACCACACAAUGCUGUUUUUUCCCUUUUAUUCCCUUAUUUUGCCAACUUCGUCAGGUUUGGUUCACAUUCCUCUUGAAGAAAUGAAUGACAAGCCAAUUCUGUAGCUUUUAUGAUAAUCAGUGCAUAAUUAAUUGCUUUUGGAUUUAUUGUGAAUUCGUACUUAACUUUAUUUGUUUUAUAUUUGGUACCUUGCGCUUUACCCUGUACAGGUCUCCCGCACUUUACAAUUUGGUUGCGUUCUUGGGAAAGCAUCUCUCCUACUUAACCCCUUCACUACAGCCAGGCCAAAACAGCGCCCCGCGCCGUAUCCGGGAUCGCCGCGCGCACCAAAUUUCAAAUGUCGCUAUUGAAUAUAACAAGUUUUCAGCCAUAAACUCAACAUAAUCAUCAUGUAUUAUAUAUGAAAACAUGCAGAAUUAAAUGGUGCACAUGAAGAAACAUGAAUUAAUUGAUAAUUUUGAAAUGUAAACAUAAAUAUAGAGAUAAAAUAACUUGUAUAUUGGCAAAAGCGAGCCAGGACGGAGUAUGUGCGUCCUUGGAUAUGGUACGGGGCACGCAAGGACGCAGUAAACGUGUUUUCGUGUUGAAGGGGUUAACCAACUACUUUCUCAGUUGUUUUGAUCUCUACACUCUUCCCUAUUGAUUUCCAGGAGGUUUGAAGGUUACUAGAAUACACACAUGACAACAGUCCCAGUUGGUUAAGUUGGAGGUCCACGAGAUAUCAGCGCAGUAAUAAAACCAAUCGUAACAUAAAAAUACCUUAACACAAACAGUCGUAAAGUGCAUAGGAGACCUGUAUUAUGUAUAUGGCAAUGUGUUCAAUGAUUACCGUAGAUUAGGAGAAGGUUAGCAAGCAUCAAUGUCUUUGUAUAUACCAUUUGUCUUCAGUUCUUGGUGCACACAGACUUUUCUUCUCUUUCUUUCUUCCUUCUAUUUUUUUAUCCUUUCCUUUAU